AGCGGCGGCUCCUCCGUCUCCGUGCGCUAUUCGCAGUCGGGCAGCGAUGGUGCUCGGAGCGUCCGGGGACGACGUCGGUGUUAGUGGGAUCUCGCAGGAGCAGGAGCAGGAGCAGCAAUGCCGGGGAACAUGAGCAAAGAGGACGCCCCGAGCCGCAGCGCGUGUUUGCGGUUCACCAUCGACAGCAUCCUCAACCUGAAGCAGCAGGACGACGCGGACUCGGACAAUGGAUGUAAAAACGAUUGUCGUGGUGCGUGGGAUGUCCCGAGAAAGUACGAGAACGGCUCCGAGGAGACAGUGAAGCCCAGAGCGCACUCCCCGCAGCCUCCGGCCGGCUCCUGCGCGGUGCCGAGCGCGCCCGCACCGGAGGAGGCCGGCGCCGGCGAGCCGCCCCGGCAGCAGCAGCAGCAGCUCCAGCAACCCGGGUCCGACAGCAAAGCCGCUGCUGUCAAGAAAAAGACACGCACCAUAUUCUCCAAGAGACAGAUUUUCCAACUAGAAGCCACGUUUGACAUGAAGCGCUACCUGAGCAGCUCGGAGAGAGCGUGCCUGGCCAGCUCCCUGCAGCUCACGGAGACGCAGGUGAAGAUCUGGUUCCAGAACCGGCGCAACAAGCUCAAGAGACAGCUGUCCACGGACACGGAGAGCCCGCUGGCCGCGGAGCACUUCUCAGACGCGGGGGGGAAAAACGUGCAAUUACCACCUUUAUACAAAGACAGCAGCCUACUGGGCGGAUGUUUGUUACACAUGCCUUUUCCCGUCGUAUACCCGACUGCAAACGCUGCGCCUUAUAUCUACUUCUCCAACGCUGGCAAAUAUUUCGGCCUGUUUGAUGCAGACUGUUGAGGUCCUCAUGUGCGGGUGCGUGGACAUUCCUGCAUAUACUCUUUUUCUCCAUUUUGAACACUUUUUCUUUUUUUUUUCUUUUUCAUUUUAAAACCCCUGGGCUAGUUGAGGGAAUUUUCUCCAGACCAACUUUAUUAACAUAUCUAGUAGCCCAAGAUAUGCAUGUGCCACUUUUUUUCUCCCAUUCCAAAUUAUUUUUACAGUAUUAUUAAUAUUAUUACUAUUAUUAUUAUUAUUAUUAUUAUUUUGCGUUAAUAGGGAGUGUUAACUAUUAGACAAAUGUUAUUCCUCCAAGCAGUUGGGCAAUUUUACUUUGCGCAGUAACAUCAUCUGAAUGAAUGUAUAGGCCCUAUACUUUUGUCUUACUGAGUUGCUGCUUCAGCUCUGUUAUCCUGCAAUAUGGCUUUUCCAUGGCUGUGUGCACAUCCAAGAAUUUCUGUUGAUCAUUGUGUUUAUUUGUAUUUAUACAGGGCCUUAUUAUUGUCGUUUUAUUUUCACCUGACCUUCAUGUGACUGUUAAACUGUGAAUGCAGUUAUAACCGUACCGAUGAGGAAUUUUGCAAUAAAAAA